GGAAGCAACCCUUGAGAUAGAGGGAGAAUACAAAAUUUGCCCUGAUUCCCCCACUUUACCCCCAAAUCUAAGUCUCUCAGUGCUUCAGGUCACCCUCUGCACAUGCCCAGUACCCUCCCAUGCCCCAGUGUAGCCUGCUGGAUCACAUCCAUAGCAACCUGCUUGGCAACCUGCCUGGGAACCAAGAGUUGUUGGGCCAAGGCCAUGAAUGCCAACUGUCAGACGGGGCUGAGACUGUGGCAAGGCUGAAGUCUCGGCUGGAUUUGGGGUUUCAGGUGGGUGCUCUGAGGGCCAUGCAGCCCUCUCCCAGGCCUGGGCUGCCUCUGCCCAGAUACUGCAGUGUGGCCACACCCCGGAAAGCCCCUGACCUGGAUGGUGCCGUGCCCCCCUGCGACCCUUUCACCUGUCCCUUUGCCACACAGGCACCCUGGCUGCCCAUGAACUGCACACUCACCAGGUAUGCCUCUUGUCACCCAUGUUCCCACACUGCUGGUACACCAUGGCAGGGGCUUAGCUGGCUGGGAAGAGUUGGAGAUGCUGCUGGCCCCUGGGUCCUGGCCAGGAGGGAACCUGAUGGCUUUUAUUAUCUGGCUCAGAUCAAGGCUGCUCCAGAGCUGGAGAGGCGGGGGGCCCUGGUUGUGGAAUUUGAGGCUCCCCUUGUCACAGGCCUAAAGCUGCCAGCCCAACAACGCAGAGUGGUAUUUCCAGAAGAUGUCAUUCAGUUCUCGCCAUCCGGGCCACUCUCACUGCAACCGGGUGACAAGGUACUGGCACCCUGGGAACCAGAGCAGCAGCAGUUCGGCCCUGGCACUGUUCUCUUGGGCUUGAAGAAACAGAAAGGCCAAAGAGCAUCUAAAGAAGAAGAGAUCACUGUUCACUUCUGGAAUGGCAAGACAACUAAGGUGCCUCUAGACAGGGUCCAGUGUGUGGCGCCCACUGUCUGGAAGAAGGCUGUGGAGAGACUAGAAACACCUCACACAAGGGACUACCACAGUCCUUUUCUUUGGGUACCUCACUGCUCUCAGCGGGGACCUAACACUGGAUGCUCCACACACAAGCCUCCUCUGAACUCUUCCUUCUUAUGCCCUCCCUGCCUCUCUCAUGCCCGCUGCCAGCUUCUGUAUCAGAGCUGUUUCUGCGGCUGUCCUGUGGUAGGGCCUAGCUGGUGGCCUCUAACUGGGACCUCAGAGGUCACAACCAGAAAACGCCCAGAGCUGGAGCUGAAGCCCACAGCUCAGCUUCUGCCCCUACAAGGUCCCAAAGAGGAGGCCACAGCAGCGUUCAGCUACAAUAUGUCCUCCUCCUCUGAGGAAGAGAAUUCAGAGAGCCAUCUGGAGACGGGACUUCCUGAGAGACAGAUGGUAAGCAGGGCAGUCAACACUGACCCUACUCUUUCUGAGAGGCCGCGGCAGCAAUUCGACCCCCGCCAGCCUGAGUGGAGGUACUGGAGGAGAAACGGGCCUGAGCCACCCCCCUGGAAAACCAGGUAUGUUAUACUGGGGUAUGGCGCUAGCGCCCCCGGCAGGGGCUAAGGGCUGCAAGGGUCUCAUGGGAAUCUGGUAUACUCUGGUGGGCUUGAAAGUAAUGUAUGGAAUGCAGGCUGUGGGGGAGAAUGUCAGAUGUGGAAAGUGGUAGCUCCCCCAGGAGAGGACAGAUAGGCUUGAUCUUUGUGCUCUGAUUGGUACCUCUAUUUAACACCCUCCUCUUCUUUGAAACAGGGUCUCACGUAACCAAAGAUGACCUUGAACUCCUGAUCCU